CCGAGCAAUGGAGUACGAGUUCCAGGCAUCCUCAACCCCAACGGCAUGUACAAUGGGACUGCUGUCAACCUGCUCCCAUAUUUCAAUGGCUGCGAUAUCUCGACCAACAAUGGCACGGUAUUCAACCUCGUCACGAACCCGCCAAUCUCUCAGAACUUCCUCGACGGCGGUGGCGCUGCUCCGCUAAUGAACAACAUGCCUGCCAAUGACACGACGUCCAACCAAUAG